AUGGACCCUUUCACCGCCCUAGGCCUGGCAUCGGCCGUCCUUCAGUUCGUUGACUUUGGAUCGACCGUGUACGGGGAGUACAAGAGGCUUCGCAACGGCAGCCUGUAUGGCAACAAUGCUCGUGCCCUUCCCAAAUCGUUAGAAGCGGCACUCAAUGAUCUCACCAAUGCCAUCAAUUUUCUCCUCGACGAGGCCACUGACAUAGCCGAAGACUUCCUGAACCGAUUACAGUGUGACCCGAACCGCUCCAGGUGGAACACCCUAGCGGAGGCCAUCAACUCCAUCAGGACGGAAAGUGAGCUGGACAGGUUCAAGGAGAAGCUCGACGGGUUCAAGCGAGACUUGGGCAUCCACGUGCUCGCCAUGGUGAACGCCAAAGUGGACCAUUACGGCAUGCAACACCAAUACGACCUUGCCCAGCAACGAGAGGAGAUCAUUCAGCUUCGACAGGACAUUCACUGCCUGAAGGAGAACAUCGUCAAGAUUGUAGCCUUCAACCAGAGCGGGAUCAAGUCGGGGAGUAGCACGCCAAUCUUUGAUCAGCAUGCAAGAUUGGCGGCCGAGGCGAAGCAGAGUGGUGGCCCGAGCCCGGUGAUUGUAGCUGCCAUGGUCACAUUAGCAAGUGGUGAGACGAGAUUCAUCCAUCCCAGUGGAAACGGAAAGGCCAUGGGAAUGGGCAUGGGUAUUAUGAACGGCAGCGGCAACCAGUACCAACAAAUCGGGCAUUUCAGCCAGCGAUCGGGAUCGGAUUUCUUCCAAGAUGGCAAAUUCGACACCGUAAUGCGACUUCACUCCGAUCCCGGGCUUAUGGGUCAACCGGCAGGAGCAGAAAUGGAAUACGUCCCCAGCAAAGACUUUGGGACCAUCAACAAAGCCGUCCUGGACAUGCUCCACUUCCGGCAAAUCACCGACCGAUUUGAGUCUGUCAAGACGCCCUACGAGAGCACCUUUUCCUGGGUAUUCGCCAACCCCAACAACCCCAGCACCUUUGACAACAUUUGCAAAGCCGGCUCCGGCAAGUCGACGCUGAUGAAGUACAUCAUCAGCGACCGCCGCUUGCGACACCAUCUGCAACGAUGGGCGGGGCCAUCCGACGACCUGAUUUUCGCCAACUUCUUCUCCUGGCACUUGGGGGCAGACGACCAGCGGCUCAUCUCGGGCCUUAUGCGGUCGCUUCUCUAUCAAGUGUUCUGUGCCAGGCCAGAUCUAAUACCCACCAUCAUGCCCGAGAUGUGUCUUGAGGCUGCCAAGAGCCGCAAUGGCCAGCUGGAAACACCAUCGGGCACGGAGCUGAGGAUAUGGUUCGAGCGGUUGCUGCACGCCACGGCGACGAAUGUCGGAAACUUCCGCCUGUUUAUUGCUAUCGACGGAAUUGAUGAGUUCCAGGGCGAUCCGGAGGAGCUGCUCUACUUGAUCCGCAACACAAAGGGGGACAGGGUCAAGUACCUUGUCUCGAGCAGGCCGAUGCAAGCGUGCACCAAGGCUUUUGGGUCCUAUCCGAGUCUGAGGCUGCAUGACCUGACAGAGGAUGAUAUCCGACGGUACACCGAGGCGAUGCUGGGCGAGCAGCUGCGCGACAGGGGCGGAGAGGACUGGUUUAGGCUGGUGAACGAGAUUGUCAAGCGCUCCGAGGGCGUGUUCUUGUGGGUGGCGCUGGUGAUACGGUCGCUGCAGAAAGGGUUGCAGAAUCAUGAUACCCUGAAGGAGAUGCGGAAGAGGCUGGAUCAGCUGCCGAGCGAUAUCGAGAAGCUGUAUGGCCACAUGCUGAAGAAGAUACCGCCAGAUUACAAGAAGAACGCGGCCAAGCUGUUCCGGAUCGUCAUGGCGAGCAUCGAUAUUGAGCAGCAAAUCCGGGAGCACCCGAUUCUCGCGAUCCAGCUGUCGUUGGCCGAAGGCGUAUGGGACGAGGUCAAGCUGAUCCCGGAAGGGUCCCUCACCUGGGACCUGGAAGAGGUUAGAGUGCGGGACAUUGAAGCGAGAGUGAGCAGUCGGUGUCUGGGGCUGUUGGAAGUGCACACACGCAGGGACGACAAGACUCACAAACCCUACAUCGACUUUAUCCACCGCACCGCCGUCGACUUUCUGCGCGAUUCCCAGGUCGCCAUUGACUUCCUCUACGGCACGCUCAGUUCCGACUUCAACCCCCAAGCCUAUCUCGUCCGAUCUUGCUUGACCAUGGCCAGAAUCAUGCCCACCACCACGCUCUUCGAUGGCGACGUUGUCUGGGACAGCAUGCGCACCUGUCUCGAAUACGCCCGCAUAGCCGAGUACAAGAAACGGCCUGUCUUUGACGGUUACUUGGACCGACUCGACCAGGCCAUGAGUCGGCACUGGUUCGCCGCCCUUUCCUCCACCACGCCUUACAGCUCCUCGGUCGACAUCCAUCGCCUUCACCACUGGGCGCAAAAAGCGUCCUGGUUCUGGACCGGCCCCAAAGACGUCGACAUGGCCCGCGUCCAAGCCGAGUUCAACCAGUUCUGCUACCCUUCGCUUUACGUCAACAACGACCCAACGUCUAGCGCCCUGGACGAAGAAAACCAACGCCUCCUCCGCGAGAUCGACCUCGGGUUCCUGGUGGUGGCAGUCAUGUACUCCCUGCCGACGUACCUCCGCACUUGUCUCCACCGCCUCAAAGAAACCGAAGAGGAAAUCGAAGCGACCAUGAAGCGCAAAUCCACCCGCAAGACGCUCAUCAACAAGAUCGACAAGAUCAAGGGUGGGAAGCAGACCUAUGUCCCGCCCAAGGUCGCGCACACGGCUACCAGGCUGCUGUUUCUUUGGGCGCAGCUCACGGCUGCUAGUAGCAACUUUUGCAUCGUGCCCUGGACCAAGCCGCAUGCGCGCGUGUGUCGGACGCUGCUCGAGUUUGGCGCGAACCCCAUGUGCGAGUUUACUUAUUCGAUAAGCGGCAAGCUGUCGGCGCACAGAAACGCGUGGGAGCUGACGAGCCAGGCGAUUUUGGUGUUGGUGCACCCAGCUUUGAGGAAGAAGAACUUGACGGAGCUGUUGCCGAAUCAAAAGGUGAGAGCGGUGCUGUGGAUUACCAACUUUUUCGUCAAGAACGGGGCCGAUAGGGGAAGCAAGGUGCCGAGCGUGCUGCUGCACGGUGCCGGCAUGAAGAAUCUCGUGUUGGAAUGUCCUGGUCGAGCGAAGGACGAGGAGGCAACGCUGCUGGAGUGGUUGGAGCCGUACGCCAAGGGCCCCGCGACGAACGAGGUGGGCAAGAAGUUGGGCAUGAUCAUGCGCAAGACGCACAGGGUGCUCAAGGGCGUGCACAAGACGAAGGGGUGGAGGAGGAGAAAGAGCCGCAGGCCGAAUGGAGAAGGGGGAGACGACUUUGAAGAGGAUAGUGAUGAUUACGGGAGCGAGGAUGAUGACGAUUAUGAUGACGAUAGCGAUGACGAUGGGCGGUCGGUCAUCAUGCCGGCGAGUAGGGAUCGAGGCGAGCAGAUGAUCAUCAGGAAGCCGCUACGGAGAGCAGGGUCCGGGGACACGUUGUUGGAGGAUGCGAUGGACGAUAAGCCGUUGCCGCCGAUUCCCCGGGAGAACUCGAUUCUCAGUACGCAGCCGAGCUUGGGCGAGAUUGUCGAUGAGGAUUACAGCAGGGCGAAGACGCCGGUUAUGCACCAUCAGGCAUUGCCCGACACCCCUCCGCCGUCGGCACCGGAUGAGAUCUUCUUCCUUCCCACAGCAUCUUUUGUCGAUCUACCCAACUCGACGCCUCCCAGCCCAACCGGGACCAUCUCACCGAUUCUGCCCCGGCCCGAACCCGAGCCAGAGGUGGCACCGACCCCUCCUCCACGCCCACAUGAACCGACGCCCGAAAUGCAACCAACCCCUCGCUUCCCCGACCUCCCUCGCAUGCCCCUCUCACCACUAUCACAACGCUUCCCCCUCUCACCACUCUCCCAACGCUUCCCCCUCUCCCCCGUAUCCCCACGCAUGCCACUCUCUCCCCUCUCCCCACGAACACCCGUCGCCCCCUCCCCCGCCGACUUCCUCUUCCCGGCCGCCUUCCGCGCCGUCGCCCACCACCGUCGCCAAACCGAGCCCUUCCCCGGCCUCGGCAUCAACCCCUCCCAAGCGACCCUUGUCGAUCCCAACUCGGACGACGUCGAAGACCUCUACCCCGACGUCAACCCGUACAACCGCGCACCGCCUUCCCCUUCGCUCUCCCGGCGCUCCUCCACCGAAACCCUCGUCGAGCCCAAAGCGCCGCACUACACGCGCGAAUCGCUCAAGAAGCCCGACAUGGAACGCCCCGUGCACCCGCUCGAGCUCGCAAUGCAAAGCGGCGACCUCUCCGACGAUUCCGAUUCCGACUCAGAAGCCGAGACGGUCCGCGGCCGCCAACGGCCGGGGAGACGCGAUCGGUCGAAUACCAUGACGACCAGCACGACGAGCGCGACGACGAGCACGACUGCCACAACAAGCACGACCACGGGUAACAGACAUCGCGAGGCGCGGGAGCUGAAGCGCCAGAAGCAAAAAGAGGAUAAAGAAAGGAGAGAAAGGGAGGCGAGUCGGGCGGCAAGAAAGUUGCCCGAGCCCAAGAGCGGGAAGCAGGGGUAUGCAAAGUAUUUGGGCCAGACGGGGGCCAAGGCGGCGGCGGUGGUGCCGCAGAAGUUGUUCAAUCUGGCGUUUUGGGUGGGCGAUUGGUGCAAGAGGGCGUAUGGACGGUGUUCGUGGGUGGUCAAGAUUCGGUGGUAGGGAGUGUGGUUCUAGGGGGGUGGUUGUGGCCUCUGUACUUUGGUGCAGGGACGCCGUUGAAGUCUGGAAGCUUGCCUACCUACUUACCUGGUAAAGGAAGGUGGAUGAAGUGACUUGAGGCUGAGGCUGAUGGUAGACCCCCCUAGAGCCUGAGGUAGAAAACGUGGAAGACUGGAGAUGGUGCAGCAGUUCGAGUUCGAAGGAAGGAUGCGGCCGGCACCUGGGAUUGAAGA